CUACCGAAGCCGCGGUUACCACGAUUUGAUUUGCUGUCAAAGAUCAUAAUCGAUGCGCUGGUGAUAGCGAUCGUGGCGUUCGCCGUCUCGCUAUCGUUAGCCAAGAUAUUUGCCAAAAAACACAAAUACCGGAUCGACGCCAACCAAGAGCUCAUAGCCCUCGGGUCGGCCAACGUAUUCGCCUCACUCUUCUCCUGCUAUCCCUCCUCCGCCUCGUUGUCCAGGAGUUCGGUUCAGGAGAAGACCGGUGGCCGCACACAAGUGGCCGGUUUGGUGUCCAGCGCUUUCAUGUUGGUAUUCCUCCUCUUCUUGGGUCCACUUCUAUACCAUUUGCCAAAAAUUAGUCCAGACAUCGGGUCUGAGAAG